AUGGCUUUUUGUAAGGAGCAGAUAUAUUUGGCUCCCAAUCGAAUGCUGCAGCUCGGAAACCUCACCAAGAUGACCCAGGUCACAAUUCCCUUUCGGGGUGGGAUCCUAUGGAUUUCUGUUUUCUCCACAGCUCUUGGCCAUGUAGAAACCCGGGCGCAUGCUGAGGAACGCCUCCUGAAGAAACUUUUCUCUGGAUACAACAAAUGGUCCAGGCCAGUUGCUAAUAUUUCCGAUGUUGUCAUCGUGCGUUUUGGAUUGUCCAUUGCUCAGCUUAUAGAUGUGGAUGAAAAGAACCAAAUGAUGACCACGAAUGUUUGGGUGAAACAAGAGUGGCAUGAUUAUAAGUUACGUUGGGAUCCUGACGAAUACGAGAACGUAACGUCGAUACGAAUCCCAUCAGAGCUUAUUUGGAGACCGGACAUAGUUCUUUACAACAACGCCGACGGGGAUUUCGCGGUCACCCACCUCACCAAAGCCCACCUCUUCUACGACGGUCGGAUCAAAUGGACGCCCCCCGCCAUCUACAAAAGCUCGUGCAGCAUCGACGUCACCUUCUUCCCCUUCGACCAACAGAACUGCACGAUGAAGUUCGGUUCGUGGACUUACGACAAGGCCAAGAUCGACCUAGAAAGCAUGCACCACCAUGUGGAUCAACUGGAUUACUGGGAGAGCGGCGAAUGGGUGAUCAUCAAUGCUGUGGGCAACUACAACAUCAAGAAGUACGAGUGCUGUUCGGAGAUCUAUCCAGACAUCACCUAUUCCUUCAUCAUCCGGCGUCUCCCUCUGUUCUACACCAUCAACUUGAUUAUUCCUUGUCUUCUGAUCUCGUGCUUGACCGUCUUGGUCUUCUACUUGCCCUCUGAGUGUGGGGAGAAGAUCACCCUAUGCAUCUCCGUCCUGCUGUCCUUGACUGUCUUCCUUCUUCUCAUCACCGAGAUCAUCCCCUCCACGUCCUUGGUCAUCCCCUUGAUCGGCGAGUACCUCCUCUUCACCAUGAUCUUCGUCACCUUGUCUAUCAUCAUCACCGUCUUCGUGCUCAACGUCCACCACCGUUCCCCCAGGACCCACACCAUGCCCGACUGGGUGCGGCGGGUUUUCCUGGAUAUCGUCCCGCGCCUCCUCUUCAUGAAGCGCCCUUCGGCAGUCAAGGACAACUGCAAGAAACUCAUCGAGUCCAUGCACAAAAUAGCCAACUCGCAACGCUUUUGGUCGGAGACAGAAGUGGAGCCCAACUUUAUCACCUCGUCAUCCAACAGCCCGCCGAGCAAUGAACAGUCCCCGACGUCGUCCUUUGGGACCCAACUUGAGGACCAAAAAAGUCCACAGCCGGUGUGUAAGUCACCCUCUGGCCAGUAUUCAAUGCUGCCUAACCCAGAACCCAUCCGAGGUAGCUGCACCUCACUCCAGCCUCCCAGUCAUCCGCUCGGAGACCUUCAGUCCGGCUCAAUGGGCCAAGGCCGAUCCUUAAGUGUCCAGCAGAUGUACAGCAGCUCAGGAAAAGCGGAAGAAGGGACCAUACGUUACCGAUCCAAGAGCAUCCAAUAUUGCUACUUGCAAGAAGAGGCUUCCCAGACCAACGGCCAGUCCAGUGGGUCACCAGCGUCCCCGCAGGGCCACCUGAACGUGGACCAGCCUAAAGCCAAAGCCACCCACUGUAAAUGUAAAUGUAAAAAGAAGGAAUCCGCCAGCACGUCGGGACAAGGGAACAAAGCCCAUAAGGAGCAGCAGUUUUUGCUCAUGUCACCCGCCUUGAAGUUAGCUGUCGAAGGCGUGCAUUAUAUCGCAGACCACUUGAGAGCAGAAGACGCUGAUUUCUCAGUGAAAGAAGACUGGAAAUAUGUGGCAAUGGUCAUUGACAGAAUAUUCCUCUGGGUGUUUAUCUUAGUCUGCUUGCUGGGAACGGUGGGACUUUUCCUCCCACCUUGGCUGGCAGGGAUGAUCUAG